GGGAAUGGGAUCCUCACUGGGCUCAAAGAAAAACUUUAAUUUUUUCAGACUUUUUGCCUUAAAGAAGUUUCUUUUCAAACUACAGGGAUAGCUGUUUGGUUGCUGUCCUCCUAUGGUGCAUCAUUUGAUUUUCUCUGAAAUUGUGGAAGUCUAGUGCAGCUUGUUUUAGGUUUAGGUUUAACCAUAACUUGCACAUAAGCUAAAUACAGGACCACAGCACUGAUCUGACAGUCAUGGCAAAGUGGUUUAAAGAUUUCCCUAUUAACUUGAAGAAUGGCAAUGAACGUGCACGCUCUGCCUCCGAGUCCGGUCCGCAGACCAGAUCCAAACCUUCUUUUUCUCGGGACAGUCUGAAAGGCAGUCCCAGAAAAGAUGGAGGGGUUGGGGGUCUUCUAGUUGGAAGAAACAGGAAAAACUCAGCCAUAGAGUUGGGUCGUAAUAACGCAGGGUCUGGGGGAACUGUGUGGGAUAGUUUGACUUCAGGGAAAAGUCGGAAAAACUCCAAGAUUGAAUCAGGGACAUCACCAGAAGAGCAGCGUCAGGUGAGGAGCUCGAGUCUGGCUCAAGCCUAUAUCAGCAGAAUGAUCAAAGUGGACAAACAGCAAGACAAGACUUCUAAACUCACGGGGAAGAGUGAGAAGCAAAGCCUGCCUGAAAACGACAAGGGGAGAACGGAUAUUAAAGCAACGCUAAUUAUUCUAGAGGAUUACGCCGAUCCUUUUGAUGCAGAGAAAACCAAAGAGCAAAGAGAAGCGGAGAGAGCAGGAAUCAAUGAUGGAUACAUGGAGCCAUACGACGCGCAGGUUAUUAUCACAGAAGUGCGCAGACGUGGGUCCAAGGAUCUGCUCAAAGUGUGUGUUUUGGUGGAUCGGGGCCAGACGGAGGGGAAGUCUGAGGAGGGGUCUCCCACAGCCCUGAAUAUCUACGACACCCCGUAUGAGGGUCCCAGUGAGGGUGGUCCUGACACAGACAGUGAGGGCGUGUGGAUCCCUGUGUCGCGCCCGGAGUCUGAUGUGCGUCCUGCUGGAGAGUACGAGCUGCCCUGGGAGUGGAGGAAGGAGGACAUUGUCCGAGCGUUGUCAGCUCAAUUUGAGGCAGUGGACUGUUCAGCCACCAAAGAAAACAGUGCCACUACGAGACCCAGGCAGAAGAACUGGACCAAGACCCUUGUAUCUUCCACUCCGUCUUUCCCCUCCUCUCCGAUUCUCAAACUCUCCCCCCUCACUCCCCCCUCUUCCUCCUCUUUCUCUACACUGAAACCUCUGCCCCUCUCUCCAUCCUCCAGCUCAAACAAACUGUCUCCCCCUUCACCCUCUUCGCCUGGGAGCCCACUAGAGGGAGACGCAGCCCGAGUGGACCCCUGCCUGCCCCUGGAGAAGCAGAGCUGGUACCAUGGCAGCGUAACCCGACAGCAGGCAGAGACUCAGCUGCAGCGCUGCAGGGAGGCCAGCUUCCUGGUGAGAGACAGCGAAUCAGGGACCAGCAAAUACUCCAUCGCUCUGAAGACCAGCCACAGUUGUGUACACAUCAUUGUGGCACAGACUAAAACCUGCAAGGGCUUGGUCUACACGCUGGAUCAGAGUAGCUGUGUGUUCUCCUCUAUCCCUGAGCUGGUACAUCACUACUGCAUACACAGACUGCCUUUUAACGGAGCCGAGCACAUGACCCUGCAGCAUCCGGUUCCCAAGCAACAAUAAACUCGGACAGAGCCAAACUGACAGGAAGAGACAAGCACAAUCACGAGAUACAAGAGCACAAAUUUGCACACUUGUAAAAACUUUGUACAUAGAAGACACGCCGAGUCAGAGAGACACUGCUUUAGAUAUGUGAUGUGAAAAGUAGCUAUCAAAGCAAUUUUAUUUACUGUGGUUUAUCCCAACAAUGUCCUUUGCUCACAUAACGAACUAAAUUAAACUAAAAUUACAUGCAUUUUUGCUGGCUAAAAUUAUGAUUAUAAGUGGAUAUUUUCAUGGACUAAAAAUACAGAUUUUGUGGAAUAAUAAAAACUAAACAGUCCCAAUCAGUAAUCAGUCCCAAAAGCCCCAAACCAGACAAUAAACAAACUGAGUGUCCAAGGACCAUAUGUUUACAUGUCCUAUGAAACAAUGACAAACUAUUUUAUCAUGGUUAAAGGGCCUAUAUUAAGUCUGUUUUCUAAUCUAUGCUAUACUGUUGUUUAUUUAUUGUCUCAUCAAAAACAUAUCUAUAAUUUUGUUUCGUAUAAAGGAUGUGUUCCACUGUGUUUUUAAACUCCAUACACCUUCACUAAAAUCAUUUGGAUAAUUUCAGCCCAGCAAUUGCUUAUCUAUACGAAACAAAAGGUAGUUGAAAACUUCAUAACAUUACAAGGUAGAACAGAGUAUUUUGAGCUUUGGAGGUCAUGACAGACUAACAAUUAAAGGUUACUCAAAAAUGUGUGAUAACAUGACACCUACAAGAGUCAAUUUUGCAUAAUAUAGGACCUUUAAAAAAUCUGGUUGACUAAAACUAUUAUGCAUUCAGUCAGCUAAUUUCUACAUGACAUUUUCCUCUACUAAAACUUAAAACUUGACUUGGACGAGUGGGUCAUAAAGUAGUGUGUUCUAUCUGGUCCAAGCUUUGGCAUUAUUCGAAAGCUUUAUGACCUCCUGAAAAGACAUCUUUACACAGAGCUGCUGAUAUCAACAAUUACCAACAUGGCACUUAGAGCAGGAGCGCAGUCUGUGUGAUCAAUACACAUGAUUGGAGUAUAUUCUUUCAUCAAUCCCACCUGCCAAUCACAGUAUUGAUCUGUACAGAAAAUCAUACUCAUUUACCAACCACAGUGUCAGUCAAGAGAAAGAGGGUAUUGAUCCUAUAACUAGUACUGUACUGUGGUGGGAGGGGAAGCACAUUAUACUGCUCAGUCAGCAAGAAGCCUGUGCAUAAAGUCAUGCACAAAAUGUCAAUAUUAUAAAUGUUAUGAGGCUUUUUCAAUUACAACUUUGUGCAAAACAAAGAUUAUUAUAUUUCGGAAAGAGAGUUGGCUGAUUUGAAAUUUUACAAGAUACCACCAAUAUUGUUGUUCUGAAAUUAGAACAUUGAGUAUGAUGUCUGUUAAUGGGUUUCAGCAUCCUGUUACAAGACUUUUUCCCAUGAAAAAUGUGUUUUAUUUAAAAAUGUUAAUCACCAUAGCAACUGUCCUAAUUUUUCGUCAUUCUGAAACCCAGAGAUAAUAUGGAAACUGCAGCAAAAAAUGCUGUGUAAUCUUCUAUUUGAAGGUUUUAAUUUCCUGUUUAUACGUGAAUCCUUUCCCAUCCUUCGAAAAAUAGAAUGGCUUGUUUUGGAUUGUUAAUUGCUAUGGCGACUAGUCUGAACACUACACUUUUGUGCUGAAAUGUAUGUAAAAGACGACUGAAGUGGCAUGAUGUUUUGAUAUAUUGUAUUGUAUUACUUUCUCUUAAAUAAAGUGUCAUUAAUUGUUACGAGAAA